GAUCAGUGUAGUAUGUCGGGGAGUACUCCAGUACCAAGCCUUUCGGACACCACUCAUUUUUUACAUGUAUUGAGAAGCAUAGAGUUCAGAGUUGUGGGAAAAAUGCAUAAAUAUAUCUACCAGCUUCUGUAAGUUUGUAAUCCUGUACAAACUUGGAAAUAUUACAUUGUUUUCUGGGAUUUUAAGAUAACUUUGGAAAAGAGAGUGCCCUGGUAACUGGUCACUGAAUCUACUGGAGGAAAUCCACUCCCUCAACACCACCCAUCUACUGAGAAAAAAAGUUGGAGAGAAUUUCCAGUGAAUUUUACUGUAACACAGCUGGUGAUCUGCUUGUGAUGCUGAAGACAAUUUUAAUGGAGAACUUGAUAUGUGUUGUGUAAGGAUUCUCUUGUCACUCUGACUCAUCCCACAGUCGACUGGUGCUGAGGAGCAUCUGUGUGUUGUGUUGAUGAGGUACAGGUUACAACCAGUGAACUCACAUGUAAAGUUAGCACUUCAGGCCAUACACAUCCACAUACACUGGCUAUACCUACUCUGUGAAAAUCUCACAUCAUUAGUGGCUUGAAAUUUACCUGUAAACUGACAUUUUGAACUCUUGGAUUACAAACAGAUAUAAGUUGCUGGAAGUGAAAUACUGGAUAUUAUACUGGCAUAAACACACAACAUAGGGAUUUAGAAUCCCUGUUGUGAAUGAUUAGAGAACUAUCUGCCAGACAACACUUGUGGCUUGUUAUCAACAUAUUCUACAGUCUACUACAGACCACUGGAUUUACACUGUUGUGCUACAUUUGGACAGGUACUGUGUGCUACUUUUGGACAGGUAUUGAAUGGUAAUUUUGGACAGGUACUGUGUGCUACUUUUGGACAGGUAUUGGAUGCUAAUUUUGGACAGGUACUGUGUGCUACUUUUGGACAGGUAUUGGAUGCUAAUUUUGGACAGGUACUGUGUGCUACUUUUAUCAGGAGAGGUAUUGUGUCAUUCACUGCCCUUGGGAAUUAGACAACAUAUUGACCAGCUUACCAGCUGUUGCAUACCAAAUUGAAUUACUGUAGAAUUUGCCUGCUAGGCCUGUGUUUAGACACCAGGUUUUAACUCGGAAAUUACUACCUAGGAUUUCCAGUCAGUCUUGUCGGAGUUUAUUUUUAAGUGAAGUGAAAAUAAAAUUGCUUUGUCACCUUCCUUUAAAACAAAGUUCCAUAAUUCUUUUUGGAUCAUUAACAACCUUUUCACUGGAUCUGUUUAACCAUGCCUGUUAUUUUAAGCUGUGUUGUAUACAAAACCUUGGACGCUAUAUUCUACCUUAUACAUCCACCACCACCAGACUGUCCCGAGCAAGCUGAUGGCCAGAGGGUCAGUUUUGGCCACUACUCAAUGUAAUAUGGCAUUUUUGUGACUGACUGAUUGACCAAUGUGAUUAUUGGAGUGUGACCAUGCAUAACUUUGCACAAGCAGACGACAGUUGGAAUGUAGUUUAUGUGGCAAUGAAAGGAACAGUGAAAGACUACUGAUCACAGAUAAACAUGGCUACUCAGGUGACUUACUAUUAUUUAUCUGAAUCACAAGGAAUUGUGUGACGAGAAUUAACAAAUCAAUUGUUUACAGGAAAAAAACAUAUGAGAAUGACCAGCACUAGUCAUCAUCAACUAUUACAAAGCUCGUCUCGGCCGUCACAUAUGAUUGAGAAUUACCAGCAAUCCUUCAUACCUCGAAGGAUGCCUCAGGCUAGGCAGGAUACAGUGAACCGUGAUGACAAACUUACACCACCUUUACCACCUAGGAGUCGAGAUGUGAGCAAGUCAACAGAGCAAGCUGGAGAGUUCCCACCCAAAGGGGGAAUAUCCAGUCUUUUAAAAACCUCACCAAACUCUUCAGUUCUUACCCAGAGAUAUCCAUACAACAGAACUCUCGGAUCAACAGGAAGGACAUUCAGCUCACUGCCACGUCGCGUUAGUGACAAAGCUAAAAACAAUUCGCAGGUAAAUGAGUCGAGGUCUCACCUUUACCCUCAGCGUGGUGAUCAGGUUGAAUCAGUGCAUAGUCAUACUGGUCAGCGAGGCGACUCCUUACCGGGGCGGCCUUCCCACAACCAAGUCAAUGAUAGAACUGUUCUGUUAAAUACUAAAAAACAGAGUGAAUUAGUAACUCAUACUGCAGAAUCAGAGGACUUGCCUCCUCAGAUUCCUCCGCGGGGUUUACCACACAGAAUUUCAACGAAUGGCAUGCCUCCAUCUCCAAAAUCACCAGAACAGGAUCCAAGUUCCUCUCCUAAAGAGAGUGCUCCAACCCCGGAACCACAGCCUCUAACUCGUACGAAUGUCACGAAGCACGACACAAUCUGGACUGUUGAGGACGAGGCUGACGAGGGGGUAGGUGACCUACUUAGUCCUCCUAUGAAGCAUUUGACUCCAGAAGUUACGGCACAAAUGCUUGACAAUUUUGAUCCACAUGAUGUGUUAGAUUCAGCCAGUGACUCGUCAGCAGAUACAAUGAUCAUGAUGACAACAGAAGAAGAAAAAAGGAAUGAGGAAAGUAUAAAUCACAGUCGGCAGAAAUAUGAAUCUAAAAAGACUUUCACUGACUCGGAUGAGCCAGUUGUGCCGGAAUGCAGCAAUUCUAUCUUGUCCAAGGGAAACGGGGACAGGUCGCAUCUAAAAGUGACAUUUAUGUCUCCGACACGACAAACAUCGGAGGAUGAAAGCUUAGAUGAUGGGUACGGAACAAACUCUAGUUCAGGUACAUCUUUAUCCUCACCAUUGUCAUCAAGUUCAUCCUCGUCCACGACAAAUUCCGACCUGGAAAAUUCUUGCAAUCAGGGAAAUGGUUAUAAUGUGAAAACUCGUGUUAAUGGACCAAUUAUAAAACCAUCAUUGACUCAGCCACGAAACACUUGGGCAGUGCGAAGGAGAAACAAAAUGGUGGAAUCGCAGGAUAAUUCCUUACAGGAAAAAUUACGACAGUUGGCAAUAAUUGAAGAGGAAGAAAAUAUUCAAAAUGUUCAAAGUAUGAUGGAUGUCAAUCCCGAGGUUGAAACAUCAAAUCAUAUCAACAACAAUGACUUGAGUUUGUACAACAGAACUAACAUGUACGAAAAAGGGAACACGGAGGUUGGAGCUACCACAGAAAUACGUGGUUCGAGAACGCAGUGUGGUGAAAGCAUUGGCCCACCAGAGGAUUUACGCAGGUUUGAAGGAGAUUUGUGUGACAAAUUCACAGACAUGGAUCGAAAUUAUAGAAAUUAUUAUGACUUUGAUAAAACAAAUGAAAAGUUGAAAGAUGAUUCAAAAGUGCUAUACUUUCAUCAAAAGAUGAUGAAACAAAACUACGGAAAUGAUAAUUAUUAUAACCCUCAUGCACAUCGGAAUUCACAAAAUAUGGGUCAGAGUGGAGAACUAGACCCUACACUUCAGCCACCAGUGUGUUCCGGUGUGCCAAUGUUGAGUUUAAAAAGUAUGGUUUCCAUGGACACAAGGGGACCUCAUUCUGCUCGUAGUGACUGUGGAGGAAGGACGCCAUUUAUGGGCGAUAUUCCUGCGAGAAGUUUAUCAUAUCAGUCGAAUAGUUCAGGGGUCAGUUCUAUGGGGAAUAUGUCUGCUACAAGUGAUUUUGUGAAAGCAAAUACAAGUUGUGACAAUAUUUUCACCAAUGGCGGUAUAGAAGGUAUGCCCCAUAAAGGUCGUUUCAUUUCGGUGGACAAUGUUAACCAGAAUGGGAGACGUCCAUUUUUUGCGAGCUCGGCGGAUAUUUACAACAUGUUUCAAAGUGGGAAUAAUUUGGCCACACAGAUUCACCGGCCUGCCUCAUAUCGGCAUAGUUUUCAUGAGAUGCCCUCAUCAGGUAAUGUUGUUGUCGAUUCUAGUCAACUACAGCCCGAACAACGGCCACGAGCCUCAUCUGCUAGUGUGACAAUGCAGAGUAAGUCCUCUUGGAAUUUAUUUGGAAGUAUGUUCAGUAAGAAGAAAACAAAAUCUUCACAACAGAAAACUGAAAAGAGUUCCGAUGGAAAAAGUGCUAGCAAUGGUCAACCAGGCCAGGAAAAAGCUUCUACUUUAAAAUCCUCCGGGAAAAAAUCUUUGCCGAAUGCUAAGAUUUUUCCCAAGGAGCCUAGCAAACCUGUCCCUCCGCCUCCAGUGGGACAGAAACAACAAUUUAGUGUGGUUCCUGUCAUACGAACUCCAAAAGCACAACAAAUGAGAAACCAAGCAGCAACUUCUCAUGACUUUGGGGUCAGAGGUCAAUCUCAGACACUGCCAACCAGGGGUUCAUAUGACCACAAUAUGUACAAAAGCCGGUUUAAGACAAUUACUACAGAUGAGGGGGACAGUCAGAAGUUGUCAACUCUUGUCUGAGUGUUUGGAUUUUAGUUAACUUAUGUUACAUACAAUUCUCGGUGGUUAUGAUUCAUGUAACUUAUCACAUCAUGUAUACUCAUUAUAAUCAUUGUGAAUUUUCAUCUGUUUUUUCAAAGAUAAAUUUACAAUUAUGACAUAAUUUUGCAUAUUAAUGAGUGCCUGCUAAUUCAGCAUUUAUUAGAAUUUAUUUCAUUUUCUAAUUUUAUUUUAUUAACAAAGCACAUUUAGCUAGAACCUAAUGAUAGUGAAAUAUGUUACAAUCUACCAAUUAAAUUUUAAAAUUUCAAAAUUAUCAAUCAGAGAAAACAGAUGAUAUAGCACCCAGUUAGAGUACUUCUGAGUUGUGUGAGGGGUGGGGGAGUCAUUCAGUGUCUAUGUGUGAG